AAAUUUGCUUCUCAUAUUCCCAUUUGAAAUGUCUAACUUCUAUGAUAAUGUUGCAGAUAGUCUUGCAUUUGAGGUCCAAUCGUGGUGGUGGGCUGUUUUUGUGGUGGCUCUGGCCAUGGCCAUUUCUUGGUAUGCACGGUUGAUGAUCCAGAAAUCAUCAAAAACUAGGCCAUCGUUGCCACCAGGUCCACCAGGGCUUCCUCUGUUGGGAAACCUUCCCUUUCUUGAAUCCCAACUACAUCUUUACUUGACCAGAUUAUCUCAAACUUAUGGUCCAAUCUUCAAGCUUCGACUAGGUAGCAAGACCUGCAUCAUUGUAAACUCACCUGAGCUAGCCAAAGUCAUCCUCAAAGACCAAGACGCAAUCUUUGCUAACCGUGAUGUUCCUGCAUCAGCAUUAGAGGUCACUUAUGGUGGGGUUGACAUUGCUUGGAGCCCCAACGGCCCCCACUGGCAGAAGCUGAGAAAGAUUUUUGUUCGUGGAAUGAUGAGCAAUGCAAGUCUUGAUGCUUGCUACUCACUUCGUAGACGAGAAGUACGAGAAAUGGUGAAGGACAUUCAUGGAAAGGUCGGCUCCCCCAUUAACAUCGCCGAUCAAAUGUUUCUCACAGUCCUGAAUGUGAUUACAAGCAUGUUAUGGGGCGGUACAAUAUUAUAUGGGCAGGAGAGAUGUAGCAUUGGAGUUGAGUUUCGGCAGGUUGUGGGGGAGAUUGUUGAAUUGCUUGGAAAACCCAAUAUUUCUGAUUUUUUCCCUGCCCUUGCUCCAUUUGAUCUUCAAGGAAUCCAGAGGAAAAUGAAGAAGCUUUCGCUGUGGUUCGAUCGGUUUUUUGAAUCAGUCUUAGCAGGCCAAACUAAAUAUGAGGGUAAAGAAGAAACCAAGGAUUUGCUGCAGUUCUUGUUGGAGUUAAAGGAUCAAGACGACGAGAAGACCCCCUGUUUAUCCAUGGAGGAAAUAAAAGCCUUGUUUGUGGAUAUUGUUGUUGCUGCUACGGAUACAACAUCAACAACGGUGGAGUGGGCAAUGACAGAAAUGCUACAGCAUCCAGAAAUAAUGAGGAGAGCAUGUGAAGAAUUGGAUGAAGUGGUAGGGAAGCAGAACAUAGUGGAGGAAUCCCAUUUGCCCAGAUUAAUUUAUCUGGAAGCCUUCAUGAAAGAGACCCUACGGCUGCACCCACCGGUCCCCUUCCUGAUCCCUCACAGACCCAGCAAGUCUUGUUGUGUUGCUGGAUAUACAAUCCCUGAGGGCUCAAGAAUCUUGGUCAACAUAUGGGCAAUGCAAAGGGACUCUCAGGUUUGGAAAAAUUCAGACGAAUUCGAACCUGAGAGGUUCUUGAAAGAGCCUGGAAAUGGUGAUUACCAUGGAAACUUUUUCAAUUUCCUUCCGUUUGGGUCAGGAAGGAGAAUUUGUGCUGGAAUUCCUCUAGCAGAGAAAAUGACCAAGUAUGUGUUAGCUACUUUGUUACAUUCUUUUGAAUGGAAGACACCGGAGGAGGUGGAGCUUGAUGUUUUUGAGAAAUUUGGAAUUGUUUUGAAGAAAGCAACACCUUUGAUUGCUGUACCAAUGGUUAGGUUGCCUGCUUUGGAACAAUACUCCUAAGUCUUAAGGUGCCUUUUUGUUGUUUUCAUUUCGUUUCUUUAUGGUAGUUGGGAACUUGUGAUAAUUGUAGUUUUGUUUUGUUUUCUUUUUCUUUCUUUUUUUUAGUAUAAUUCUAGUUUAUGAACUAGUGGAGUGAGUGAGAGACAUAUUCAUGUAUUGAUUAUGAUUAAUGUUAACAAAUAAAGUUCAUAACUAGGC